AUGGCCACCAAACAAAAAAGGGGAAUGAGAAAAAGAAAGACAAUAGGCACAGUCAUGAAUCAAAGCCACAACAAGAGACUCAUCCACAGCAAGAGAGUCAUCCACAUAGUAUUCGAUAAAAACCACAUGCACGAGGACCACCGCAACGACGGCGAGUGGAUUUCAUCCACCCAGCACAGUGUUGGUGAGAGCAAACAACAACAACGUGGUGCGCACGGAGGGUUUGCUCAUGCAUUCCGCUCGCUACGGUCCCGCACCCGUGUGGCACCGCCGUCACCGCACACACUCUGCAAGAGGACGUGGGCACAUAAACGCUGA